ACGAAUCCAACAAAUUGGUUAACGGAUUAAUCCUUGUCGCAAAGCGGUCGGAGUAUAGGGUAAGUGUUGAUGGUGAACCAUAGUUCACUAAUUUAUAUAUCACGUUCAGGUAUUAUACAUGCUAUUUUUAACUGAUAAACACACUCGGAUUAUUGAAUUAAAACAUUAACAAUAUCAAUUUUUAAUACACGGAUAAAUUACAUAUAAUAACCUUGGGUAUUUUUUCUAAUCAUGCCAUGCAUUGAUCACGUGAUCAGUUUGACGUCAUCGUAAUCCUAUUUUAAUACCCCUGUAAAACACCAGUGUACGGGUAAAAGACCAUCAGAUUAUUGUUUGUGGUUCCUUCAAGAUGGCAGGACUGAAACAGCUGACAUGGCUAGUAUUGGUUCUGCAGUAUGGAACUAUUUCGUGUUCAUUUAACUCCACGAUAGAGACCAACCUUUUAGCAAGUCUGUUCGAUUCAUCCUACAAUGCCUUUGUUCGACCUUCCGAACAAGUCAACGUCUCAGUUAAAUUUGUAGUGAAUUCACUUAAUGAAUUGAACAUUAAGUCUCAAACCAUGCAAAUAUCCGGAUAUCUGGAAGUGACCUGGAACGAUCCUCGACUAGCCUGGGGUGGGGCCUACUCCAGUGUACUGACAUUCAGCGUUAACGAUGAUACCGUUUGGUACCCACCUUUAGUAGUCAUCAACUCAGUAGAUGGUCUUGAGAUAUUGGAUGACGGCAUUACUCCUAUACGUGUCACGGCAAAUGGUGACAUGGAAUGGCUUCCACUUCGGAACUUUGCCUUGCAUUGCGACACCAAUCCUGCCUAUUACCCCUUUGACACACAAGAGUGCCCGAUCCCCAUCACCGCAUGGAGUUAUGCGUCAGAUCUGGUCAAUUUGAUGGCAGCCGCGGGAGCUAUCUUUGAUUUGGAUUUUUAUGAUGAGAAUGGCGAAUGGGAAUACGUAGAAUCCACGUCCUUUACAGAAACUGUAGAGCGAGCUGGGCAUCAAAUGGUCACUUUUGUGGUCGUGCCAAAAUUCAGACGUCGUCCUGCAUUCUUUGUGAUGAAUACCAUCAUGCCAAUCUUAUUCCUGGCUACUCUGAACGGCUUUAUUUUCACGUUAACUGUAGAAUCGGGAGAAAAGCUUGGAUUUGUCCUCACCGUUUUAUUGGCGUAUGCUGUAUAUCUGACGCUGGUGGCUGAUCACAUACCUACAACUUCUGACAACACGUCUCUGCUCUCUGUCCUGCUGUUGAUGACCCUGUUGCUAUCGGUCGUUUCCGUCAUCAUCACAAUCUACGUGAUCAGAUGCUACCACUACUCUGACGAAGUGCCGAUAUCAAAAACUACUCGCAGGGUAAUCCGGCUCAUGUCUUACACAUCCUCAUGGAAGGGGUGUCGUUGUAAAAUGAAAGUACAUACAGAAAAGGACGGAACAAAUGGCUCGGUUAAAAAACAUGUGGAUAAAGAACCAGGCUUGGACACAGAAAACACGUGGGUCAAACCAAUACCGGAACCGGAUGUUGAAGAGGAUAACUUGACUUGGAAGGAAGUUGCAAAUAUCAUCGACCACUUUUGUUUUGUUUGGUAUUUCGUUGCAACCUUUCUGACAAGUGCGUGUUGUAUACUUAUGAUGGUGCGGGGCUAUGCAAAUUACACAACUGUGCAUUAGAGAGCUGUGUAAAAGAACUGUAAUCACGGAAAUAUACUGGAACUUUUUAAAUACCAUGUAUUUCAGUAUACAUAAUAUAAUCACUACAUAAUAUACACUUUAGCAAGUACUGAAAAACACCUAAUAUAUUUAUGAAAAUUAGCACCAACAUAAAGACAAAGGUCAAGGUUGGUGCUAAUUUUCAUAAAUAUAUUAAGUGUUUUUCAGUACUUGCUAAAGUGUAUAUUAUGUAGUGAUUUGAUGUAAUAAUUAGGAAGUGGGGGAAUUCACUACGUAUGUUUGUGUUCAUCAAUGUGAAGAUUAUAGGCAAUAACUUGUGUUCAAAUAUUUCCAGUGAUAUAGGUUUGUUUAUAAAAAGAGUUUCUCAGUACAUCUCUAGUACUUUCAUCUCUUUAGAAGUUCGUCAGGGGAAAUGUUUAUCCAUGCUGACGGGACAAAACCAGAACACAAAACAGUGAUGGCGUCAUGAUACUUUAUCACGUCACUAUACAACCCUUCAAACAUGAUGCCAACAUUAACAAUCCACAUUUGACGUCCACAUUUGAGGAACAACAAACACGGUGUUACAGAAAUAGAUAUAUAGUUACCGGCAUCAGUAUAGCAGAUUAUACCUUAAGCAUGCAUUUACUUUAUCUAUUCAUGCAACGAUUUGUGAUGUUUGAACAAUUUAAAUUUAAAUCGUGUUUUAAUGCAUCGAUUAAGAAUGAUUCUUUUGACUUUCUUUGAACAAUAUCUUUUGCAGCUUGAUAUGUAGGAAUAGCAUGGAAUUUGUCAUUUGUUCAUAAUUAAAAAUCCAAGAUGGUCAUUUUUUUGUCUGUGAAGUGUCAUACGUUGACGCAAUCCAAUGUAAUUAAAUUCAGAAACAUUGACACAGAUUUAGCAAUAACAACAUUCCGAGAUCUACAGUUCGUAUUAGUUUUCCGUUUUUUCCAGUUUUGAAUGCAAAUUAUUUUCCUUCCACAAUAAAACUACAA